UCUUCAAUUGCAGGAAAACUUCUUAGAAUUUUUGUUCGAGAUAAUGGUGCGUGCGUCUCCCGUGAGGGAGAGGCGUAGGUCAAAAUCUCCGAAACGUGAUCGGGGAAAAGAGCGUGAACGAGAUCGUCGCAGGUCUAGAAGUCGAGAUCGAGGAGAAAAACGUCGCAGGGAUUCAAAAGAAAAGGAGACUCCUUUCAAGCGUUCAAGGAGAAGAGAACGUUCAGGAGAAGAGCGCCGAGACCGCAGUCGUUCUCCAUCGCAUCAUGAUGAGAUAGCGGAAACGAAAGCAGAAACCACGGAAUUGAUUCCAGAAGAGGAGAAACCUGUCAAGAAAGAACCUCUCUCUUUAGAAGAACUCCUGGCGAAAAAAAAGGCUGAGGAAGAAGCUCGAAGCAAGCCGAAGUUCCUCACAAAAGCAGAACGACAAGCGGAGGCUCUGCGGAAACGCCAAGAAGAGGUAGAAGCGAUGCGGAAAAAGACGGAGGAGGAACGCUCGAAAAGACAUGAACCUAGUGAACCACUUCCUUCAUCCGGAAGUAGUCGUAGGGAUCGCGAAAGGGAACGUGAACGAGAUCGAGAUCGGGAUCGCGAGAAAGACCGAGCUGCGAGACGCGACGUUGAUAAAGAGAAGGCUGAGGAAGCCAUCAAAGAGCGCUACUUGGGCAUGGUGAAGAAGAAACGGCGGGUGCGACGUAUGAACGAUCGUAAGUUCGUGUUUGAUUGGGACGCCGGCGAAGAUACGGCUGUGGACUACAAUCCUAUCUAUAAGGAAAAGCAUCAGGUUCAGUUCUAUGGAAGAGGCCACGUUGCUGGCAUCGACAUCAAUCAACAAAAAAAAGAUCAGAGCAAGUUUUACGGCGAUUUGCUGGAAAAGCGCAGGACGCAGGCGGAAAAAGAGCAAGAAAUCAUGCGUCUCAAGAAGGUCAAGAACAAGGAAGAAAAGCAGAAGUGGGACGAUCGUCACUGGUCUGACAAGGAGCUCGAGCAGAUGACUGAACGGGACUGGCGUAUCUUCCGCGAAGACUACAACAUCACCGUCAAGGGCGGGAAAUUGCCCAACCCAUUGCGUUCUUGGAAAGAAGCCAAUUUGUGCGAAGAGCUGGACGCCAUCAUCAAGACCUUGGGCUACGAUGAACCCACGCCGAUUCAGCGUCAAGCCAUUCCGAUCGGGCUCCAGAAUCGGGACAUCAUUGGUGUGGCUGAAACGGGUUCGGGUAAAACAGCCGCUUUCUUGUUGCCACUACUUGUGUGGAUCAUGUCGUUGCCGAAAAUGGAUCGGCAGAAGCAGAGCGACGAAGGGCCUUAUGCCAUGAUCAUGGCCCCGACUCGAGAACUGGCUCAGCAGAUUGAAGAAGAGAGCAACAAGUUUGGAGGUCCGUUGGGAAUCCGCACCGUCGCUGUUAUCGGUGGUUUGAGCAGGGAAGAGCAAGGCUUCAAAUUGCGUCUCGGUUGCGAGAUUGUCAUUGCUACGCCUGGGCGAUUGAUCGACGUCCUGGAGAACAGAUAUUUGGUGUUGAGCCAAUGUACGUACAUUGUUUUGGACGAGGCCGACAAAAUGAUAGACAUGGGUUUCGAACCCGAUGUCCAGAAAAUCCUCGAACACAUGCCUGUGACCAACUUGAAGCCGGACACCGACGAUGCGGAAGAUGCAGAAAAGUUGAUGGCGAACUUCGCCACGAAGCACAAAUAUCGUCAGACUGUAAUGUUCACGGCUACUAUGCCUCCUUCAGUGGAGAGGCUGGCGAGAACUUAUCUGCGUCGUCCGGCUACGGUUUACAUUGGUUCAGUUGGUAGGCCCACGGAAAGAGUGCAGCAAAUCGUGCAUAUCAUCAGUGAGCAACAGAAGCGCAAGAAGCUCAUCGAGAUUUUGGAUCGGAAAAUUGAUCCUCCUAUUAUCGUGUUUGUUAACCAAAAGAAGGGUGCCGACGUGCUUGCGAAGGGCUUGGAGAAACUUGGGUAUAACGCGGUUACCUUGCACGGAGGCAAAGGACAGGAGCAGCGUGAAGUUGCUUUGGCAAGUCUCAAAUCCGGAGCCAAGGAUAUUUUGGUGGCGACAGACGUUGCUGGUCGUGAUUAUACUCAUCGUAUUGGAAGAACGGGUCGUGCCGGAAAACACGGUAUCGCUGUUUCUUUCUGCACCCAAGACGACUCUGGGCUCUUCUAUGAUUUGAAGCAGUUGGUACUUUCCAGUCCCCUUUCCACGUGUCCUCCAGAGCUGACUAAUCACCCGGAGGCACAGCAUAAACCAGGAGCGAUUGUGCAGAAGCGUCGAAAGGACGAAACGCUGUUUUUGCAUUGAGAAGUGUGUGUGAGUGGUUUUGUUGGUCUGCAAUUUUCUGGCGACGAUCGAGCGAAUAAACGCGGGUUGCGAUUCUCCAUUUUAAAUUUAUUGGAAAUAUUUUUUUGUUUUUUUUUAGCAGAAGACAGCUUUCUGUUUGCAAAAAAAAAUUGAAAAGUGAGUUUCCGGUUUGUGAACAUUUUGUUUUUUUAUUGCGGUCGAAUUCAAGAUUUUGGUGAUAAUUUCGGAAGACGAUUUCAAGUUUUUCUAAUGCCGUGAGGAUUUAGGGAAAAAUGUUGGGUAACUUCGCCUGAAGUGCAAUAGUUUUUUAGAAUAGAUGAUCAUUUUUGUAAUGAUUCAUGUUUUGAUUUCAGUUGCUGAAACUCGAAGAUCGACAAAAUUGUUUUGAUUUGCCGAGUCCUUGGAAAUUCAGAACUGUAAUCGUAGUUUUAAUAUAGGUGUCGCUGCAAGCGUAUGUUUUUCCUUUCCUUGAUGCAUCCGUGUAGCUGUCGCUGUUCGCAUUUGGACUUCCGAGACAAGUGAUAGUGCGAGUCGCAUGAGACAUACACUACAUUGUAACAUUGAAUUUGAAAUCAAGACAUUCAUGCGCAUACGCGUGGUGCUUAUCGAUUUGUACGAUUUUCUGAUGAAUUUAUACAUGUAGCGUAUACAAAAUCUUCAUGAUACUGCUGUAUUUCAUAUGAGAAUCGUGGCCCAUGCAUAACAAAUUUUGCACUUACUAAAACAGAAUUCGUGUAAAAAAAAAAAGCAACUUUGUGCGAAAACUGUAUGAAUACAGAGGAAUCAACGCUUGGAAUUUUUUCUAUAGGCACAGCAAAUGUAAAAUCCGGAAGGAAAGUCAAAUUGUUGCCUUUUUCGUUCCCGCGCCAAUAAUUUGUGAAUUUCAGAAAGUUGAGAGCGUAAAAUUCGGAAAUGUUCUCCAAUUCCAUAGUGGAAUAAAUUCGUCUUCUAAUGUUUUACAAGAUUUUUCGUGCGUGUUCUGGAAUAGAUAAUAUAUUUUACAUCAUUGAACUUCAGGAAA